GAAGAAUAUAAAACACAGGGAAACGCCGCUUUUUCUGCCAAAGACUACGACAAGGCCAUUGAGUACUUUACCAAGGCGAUCGAGGUCUCGUCCACUCCUAAUCAUGUUCUCUACUCCAACAGAUCUGCGUGCUAUGCGUCGUUGAAGAAAUACGAGGAGGCCCUUAAAGAUGCUCAAGAAUGUGUUAAAAUCAACCCUUCCUGGGCCAAAGGCUACAACCGUGUUGCUGCAGCAGAGUUCGGGCUUGAGAGACUGGACGACGCCAAGAAGUCCUACGAAAAGGCUCUAGAGCUUGAUCCAAACAAUUCCAUGGCUAAAAGUGGUCUUCAGGCAGUUUCCGAUGCCCAGAUGGCCCAGAACGACCCAACCAUGGGAAUGCGCAAGAUUUUCUCUGAUCCUGGCCUGAUUGAAAAACUCAAGACUAAUCCAAAGACCGCUGAGCUAAUGAAAGACCCAUCUCUUGUGGAAAAGGUGAGAAAGUUGCAGACCAACCCUGCUGGAUUGAGUACCGAGAUGUUCACCGACCAGAGACUGAUGACGGUUUUGGCGGCCAUAUUGGGAAUUGACCUCGGUGCAGCUCCUCCAGAGCCUACCCAAGCGUCCUCGGACAACGACGUUGAGAUGAAGGACGCAGAGCCUGCAAAACCAGCAGAGCCAGCUAAAAAGAGCGAGCCAGAGCCAAAGGCGGAGGAGCCAGUGGACGAAUCGAAGGCAGAGGCCGACAAAUACAAGGCAGAGGCCAACGCGUUGUACAAGCAGAGAAAAUUUGACGAAGCAAUUGAACUAUAUAAUAAGGCAUGGGAAACCCACAAGGACAUUACCUACCUGAACAACCGUGCCGCUGCUGAAUACGAAAAGGGAGACUACGAUGCCGCUAUCCAGACCUGUUUGAAAGCCGUGGACGAGGGAAGAGACAUGCGUGCCGACUACAAGCUGGUUGCCAAGUCGUUUGCGAGAAUCGGAAACUCGUACCUGAAGAAAGACGACCUGAAAAAAGCCUGUGAGUACUUCGAGAAGUCGCUGACCGAACACAGAACCCCAGAAGUCCUGAACAAGCUGAGAAGCACCGAGAAGGAGGUCAAGAAAAGAGAGGCCGAGGCGUACAUCGACAAGGAUCUUGCUGAAAAAGCCAGAUUGGAGGGCAAGGAGUAUUUCAAUGCCGGCGACUGGCCUAAUGCCGUGAAAGCAUACACAGAGAUGAUCAAGAGAGACCCGUCUGAUGUGAGAGGCUACUCGAACAGAGCUGCUGCUUUGGCCAAGCUUAUGUCGUUCCCAGACGCCAUCAGAGACUGCGAAACGGCCAUCAAGCUGGACCCAGGAUUUAUCAGAGCCUACAUCCGCAAGGCCAACGCUGAGUUGGCCAUCAAGGAGUACAGAAAGUGUCUUGACACUCUGACAGCUGCCAGAGAGGCAGAGCUGAAGAACAAGUCCACAGCCAAUCUCAACGAGAUUGACUCUCUUUACCAAAAGGCCAUGGCUCAGAGAUUUGCUCCGUUGGAGGGAGAAACUUACGAAGAGACCAUGGCCCGCAUCCAGAAAGAUCCUGAGGUUGUCCAGAUUCUGAGCGACCCAGUGAUGCAGACGAUUCUCCAGCAGGCCCAGAGCAACCCUGCCGCAUUGCAGGAGCACAUGAAAAACCCAGACGUCAGCCGCAAGAUCAUGACGUUGAUGGCUGCCGGAAUCAUCAGAACUCGUUAAAUAGGUUUAAUGAAGUAGUGCACGACUCAGUUCGGGGAGAGAAAUAGUGGAGUCGCAACAAUAAAAAUUACUGACACACAUGUCUGAAGCGGAACAACACCACCACAACCACCCUGCGGCGGGAGCCGCCAAUCGGAUUGGCAAGUACCAGAUCGUCAAGAACCUGGGAGAAGGCUCGUUUGGAAAGGUGAAGCUGGCAUACCACACUGGUACAGGCCAGCGAGUGGCUCUUAAAAUGAUCAACAGAAAGACCUUGUCGAAAUCUGACAUGCAGGGGCGAAUUGAGCGGGAGAUUUCGUAUCUGCGGCUGUUGAGACACCCGCACAUCAUCAAGCUGUAUGACGUGAUCAAAAGCAAAGACGAGAUCAUCAUGGUGAUUGAGUACGCAGGCAAAGAGCUGUUUGAUUACAUCAUCCAGCACGGGCGGAUGAAGGAGGACGAGGCCAGGCGGUUUUUCCAGCAGAUAAUCGCCGCCGUGGACUACUGCCAUCGCCACAAGAUCGUCCACAGAGACCUCAAGCCGGAAAAUUUGCUGCUGGACGACCAGCUGAACGUGAAAAUUGCAGAUUUCGGUCUUAGCAACAUCAUGACAGACGGCAAUUUUCUCAAGACCAGCUGCGGGUCUCCGAACUAUGCUGCCCCAGAGGUCAUCUCCGGCAAACUUUACGCGGGGCCCGAGGUGGACGUUUGGUCGUGUGGAGUGAUUCUGUAUGUGAUGCUGUGCGGUCGUCUGCCUUUUGACGACGAGCUAAUUCCUGCUCUCUUCAAAAAAAUCAGCAACGGAGUGUACACGCUGCCGCACGACCUCUCACCAGGUGCCAAGAACUUGCUCACGAAAAUGCUCGUGGUGAACCCGCUCAACAGAAUCACCAUCAAGGAGAUCAUGGAGGACGAGUGGUUCAAGGUGGGUCUGCCUGAGUAUCUGCUGAAAGACGUUGCUACAGAGAAAAAGGUGAGUCCCGACGACGUGAGCGAGGACGUGGUGAACGCAUUGGCCAUUGCCAUGGGCUACUCGCGCGAGGAGAUUAUCGACGCUAUCAAGAUAGGCAGAACACCGGAGACAGAGGAGAUUCUCGACAGCUACCAACUAAUGAAGAGCAACAAGAAGCUCGUGGAGGAUAUCAACAAACAGGACAGGCUACACACGGCUACGAACGACCCGAGCCACCCGAGAUGGCGCACGCCGACGAACAUAGACUACCCAAAGCCCGAUAAUGCAACCAACUACAACCCGAGCUCGACGAUUGCCAUCCUGCCGUCGUCGCUACCGCAGAUCCACAGAGCGUCGAUGGUGCAGCUGCGUCCCGAGCUUGCGUCGAUCCAGCCUAUCAGCACCAAAAAGUCGAAAACAAGAUGGCAUUUUGGCAUCCGUUCCAGAUCGUAUCCGCUAGACGUAAUGGGCGAGAUCUACAGAGCCCUGAAAAAUCUGGGUGCAGAGUGGGUGCGGCCGUCAGAAGAGGAGCUCUGGACGAUCAAAGUGCGCUGGAGGUACACCGUGUCGGACAGCGAGCAAGACGCCGACUUGAUGAAAAUGCAGAUCCAGCUUUUCCAGCUCGAGCCGAACAAUUAUCUCGUGGACUUCAAAUUCGACGGCUGGGAGUCCAAGAGCCCUGCCAAAUCGGGGCCUGCCGAGCAGGAGCUGCAGGACUCGGACGAGAUCUCGUCAUUCAGCGCGUAUCCCUUCUUACAUCUUGCCACCCGGCUCAUCAUGGAGCUGGCCGUCAACAGCCAAGGCUAGUCCGAGGUGCGAGGUGUGGCAAAAAAUGAUUUGACAGUAGAAUAAAAAUAAAGGAAGAUAAGUACAGGAAUAAAUCACGCAGCAACGAGCUAAGGCACUUGGAUUUGCGCUGUGUUUUAUUAUGUCGAAUUUGCAAUCCAGCAGGCACAAUUCAGCACACUCGGCAGGGGUAUCAAUGGAUUCCAGCGGCCCCACGCUGUCUCCCACGACUACAGUGGGGCCCACCCCCUACACUGGCAAUGCUUUGAUGCACACGGUUAGUGCCAGCGACCAGGAUAGAAAGCCCCAUACGUCGUACCUGUAUCCUCUGAGCAAGUCGAAAACACACCAGGGUUCCGGCACGUACGAGGGCCAGGCAGACAACACCAAGACUGUGCCUGCGUACAAGACUGUCCAUCUUGACAAUGUGAUAGACGAGUUCAAGCCUUUGGACCCGAAGACAGUGCUGCAUAUGGAGAAGAAGCCGCAUCUGGCGAAGAACAACAGUUCUGUGCCCUUUCGGACGACCGCAAAUUAUAAACGCAGAGUGUCGUUUGAUACGGUGAAUCUUCAGAUUGCGGAUGACGACGAUUCUUAUGGCGACGACGAUUGCGACGACGUGGGACUGAUGCAGGGCAGAGACCGUUGGAGCCGACGCGAGCAGCUUCUAAGCUCUGGGGGCUGGGGUCCGUUUAGCGGCAGCGAGCCGUCGCCUGGCUCGAGCUAUCUGGCUUCACGGGGCCGAUCUCCACAUCGGGACAUCUCGCCACAUCAGAGCCUGCGUGCCAACUCGUCUGAGCGCAGCCUGUCCCCAGGAAACCCGUUCAUGAAGCGUAUGGGGUCUGUUUCGCCCAUAAGAAACAUCAGCAUUGCUGGAGCCAUGACUUCCAGACAGUACCCUACAAGCCCCAUCAUCACGCACGAUGCAUGCACAUUGACCAAAAAACACAAAGAUUUUGACAAGCUAUAUUCACGGCAACUGGGCUCCAGAAGACCACUGCUGCCAGACAGAAAUAUCAUGUGCUACAUAUCUGGCCGCAAACAUACAUGGGUGGCUCUGGACUGGUGUUGCAACCGACUGUUGGAAGAUGGCGACAGCAUGGUCGUGACGGCGGCCAUCAACCCCAGCUCGCGCUCGCUGUUUGUCCGGCGUCUUUCCUCGAGCUCCAACCAGAGCAGAGAAGCCAGCGAGGAAUAUAUUCGCAACUCGCCCGAGUACGCUAAGGUGGUGACCGAAAACAUCAUGAAGUACAUCAUGGCGAUCUUGAACCCCAACAAGAUUCUCAAGAUUACGAUCGAGCUUGCCGUUGGAGGCACCAAGGACGUGCUGAAAGACAUGUACUCGCUGUAUCUGCCGUCGCUGGUGGUAGUCGCUGCGAAGCCGACCAAGGCGGCCUCCACGCGGUCGUGGGUCACGUCACGGGUGACAGACCGUCUGGUGAAGAAUUUCCACGUUCCUGUGGUGAUUGUUCCGUCGCUGAACAUGGAUUUAUUCGAAGAAAAGCUAUUUACUGUGCUCAACAAGCGCAUGGACGAAUUGCACCACAACUACGACGAUCCGAAUUUCGUGGCAGAGCUAGAGGACGUGGGAUCGUACAAGCUGAGCGACCACGAGUCAGCAAUAGCCUCGCAGAAGGAGACAGAGGAGUCGAACACGGACUCGCCUGCGGGCGAGCUCAAACGACUGCAACACCUGACCAGCAUGAGAAUAUACCAGGAACUUUCCGACAUUUUGAAACGCUCAGACGACGAAAACAAGUACAAGGACUGGCUCAAGGUCAUAUCUGCUGCAGCAUACAAUUACGGCGUGAAUCUUGCCGAGAGCGCAAAGAGCGGAGGCGAGAGUGCACAGCUGGUGCGCACGCUGACAGGAGCACCAGACCCAAUGUACGGCCGCUCACGGUCGAUGCUUCUGGACAUCGACACCAGUCCGCAGCCAAAGUCUCCGCAAGAGGGCAAAAUCCCUGCUAUCCACAUACACUCGUCUGGUGACAAUAGCGGGCCUCGUCAACAGACAUCUCUCAAGUUCGACAUCAGCCACCCUAAAUAUUACUCUCAGGACAGCAGCACGUCGUUGAAAUUGGACCCGUUGCGUCCGACCGUGUCAACGCCUCAGCUGCGUCCGCAGAAGUCGUCUGACUCCAGUGAAAAGGAGAAAAAGGGCUUUUUCAGAAGUCUUUUCAGAAGAAAAUAGACUGCUUAGCCAUUUAUAUGGGACCUUUUGUAUUUAGACCGUUUGAAGGACUUGCUUUUACCAGGGAAUCUUCUUUGGGGCUCCUCGUUCCUGUCGUCUCGUACGCGUGUUACUCUGCGCUCAUCUCGUUGUCUGUAGGCGUCUUUCUUCUCCUGCUCGCUCUCGAUCAUUUUUUUCCACAGCUCGUGGACAAAGUCCAUCGUCUUUUCGUCUAGCAUCGGUUUCAGCUGCAGACAAAGAUCUUUCGGGCUGAUUUUCUCAUCAAAUACAAGAUUGUUUGUGAAUUCAACAAUUAUGUCGUCGUCGGGAACCAGCUCAUUCAUCUUGUGCUCGAUGUACGACUCGAGAGCUGGCCGGUCGACCUUGGCGUGAUCAACUUCCUUGUUGAACAGUUUCGGGAAGUUGAACUCUUUGAGGUCCUUUUCUCGCCGCUUGUCCAGCUCGCUCUCGUUUAUUGGCCUCGUUCUGAACAUGGCAACAUCAAGUUUGGAAAUUUUUCAGAUAAGAUUAAAAAUACACAAACGCACCGCAUUUAUUGCCAAAUAAUAUUUCCCUGACAUUAUGGUGAUUUGUUGCGACUGGAUAUCCAACUGGGUCCAGCCUCGAGAGGUAAGCGCCUGCGAUUGGACAGCCACUAACGCCAGUACUACCAGCUCGAUGUGGCUCUAUUGGGUCUGAGGAACGCCGGUAAAAGCAGUCUCGUCGGCGUCCUCAAAAACAACACCUUCAAAACAGACAUGCUGCCCACGCUUCGAAAAACCACCACCACACUUCGUAUGCAUGCUUUGGUCACCACGCCGCCCACGUCAGCCCAAAUAUCCACCGAAACAACGCCCUUGCUGGACGCAAACACCAAACAACC